UUCUACCUCGGAGAACCGGAGAUCGCCGUCCCUCUCAACCCAUCGGCGUGUCCACCAACUGCGCCUUGCCCUGCUCCCGCAUGGCCUUCUCCUCUUUCUCGUGGCCGUUUCGCCGCCGGGGUAGCGGCGGCAGGGGUGGCGGCGCAAGCAAAUCCGCCGCCGCGCCCGAGGAGGACGAGGAGCUGGGCGUGACCCCGCAGCUCCUGGACUUCCUCCGGACUCUCUCCCCCGACGCCUUCAAGUCCGCCGCCCUCCAGCUCCAAGGAGGCUCCGCGGAGGCGGCCGCCGGCGACCUCACCAGCUGGCAGGAGCGGCAUGCCAUGCUCGUGCUAUCCAAAGCCAAGGAACUCGCCAAGAUCCGGUACGAUCUAUGCCCUCGCCACAUGAAGGAUAAGCAGUUCUGGAGGGUAUACUUCCUGCUCGCCAAGAGUUAUAUCUCUCCGUACGAGCUACGUGCCAUACAGAAAGAAAAGCUAAGAAGGAUGGAGACGGAAAAUAGCAAGUCAAAAGAAGUUAUUACUGUUGAGGUGGAGAUGCAGGAAUCAAAAGGCAGUAGUCUCUCAAACAUCAGAAGUUGAUUUAGAAUCCCAAACUUCGUAGUUGUAGCUGCUGACAGGAUAUUAGCCUAGGUGAUGCAGGAAGUGAUACUUGGUUGAUGCCUUCUUUAUGAUUCCCUCAUAGAUCAAUAGCCCAUAUAUCCAGUUCAAACGUGCAAUGCUCUUCAAACUGUUGCACAUGUUCAUCAGACGAUGCAUGGCCUGGAUGGCUGGAUCUGUAUUGCAACUCCCACUGGAUUGACAUUCUGCUGUGUACUUUUGUAUCCUGAAAUCAAGUAGUAGUUCGUCACGUAGCAUGUCCUAAUUGUUCAACAUAGCCGAUGCUUGUUGGCUGUGCACUGGGCCACUAACAUGUAAGUUUAUGAAAACUUGACUGUAAUCUUGAUGCGAAGUUCAUAAAUAUUGUACGUUUCAUAGAACUUGCUUUUGGGAAUUGCGAUAUGUUUCUACA